UCAGGACGUUUGGAAGCAAAAUGCAUCGGUUAAUCUACACACUAAUAAGUCUAUGUAUACCCUAUGUCGUGACGGCAAUCUGUACCAUCCCAACUGUCCACCACAGCAACAAUGAUGCAAGUAAUGUUAUCUUGAAACAUGGUCAAUCGGUGACUUACACAUGUAAUGACGGUUACUACUCUGAAGAUGUCUUACAACUGACAUGUCGGAAUGAGCGCUUUACUCAUGAUCCUCCUGUAUGCCGAGAAUCUGAAUGUGUAUUACCUGAUAUUCCUAUACACUUAGAAGUUCCACCCGAAUACAAUCCAGGGGAACGUGUUAUUUUCGGCACCAGAUACGAUAUUAGUUGUGAAAAAGGCUACACUUUGAAUUCUGACAAUGGCAUAUGGGAAUGUAUUGGAGGCGAAAUGUCAUUUGAUCCUGUUUGUAAUGAAAAUUCAUGUCCUCCGCCAGCUAAUAUCAAAGAUGGAUAUAUAACCUAUUCAUCAAAACCGGUAUCUGGAUUGUAUUUAGCAUAUACAAGUGCAACAUAUAAUUGCAAUGAUGGCUUCAAGCUGAGUAGAAGUGGAGUAAGAUCUCGCAGAUGCAGAGAGGGAAAAUUCAAAGGAACAGCUCCAACAUGCACAGAAACAAUCUGUACCAUCCCAACUGUCCACCACAGCAAAAAUGAUGCAAGUAAUGUUAUCUUGAAACAUGGUCAAUCGGUGACUUACACAUGUAAUGACGGUUACUACUCUGAAGAUGUCUUACAACUGACAUGUCAGAAUGAGCGCUUUACUCAUGACCCUCCUGUAUGCCGAGAAUCACCAUGUCCUGGAAUUUCAUCGGACCAUUUACAAGUAGCGUACAACAACAACCCAGCCACUACUACAGUAAACGGUUUACAUGUAUAUGAAGCAGGCACCAUAGCAGGGUUCCUAUGUGUUCCAGGCAAUCUCUACUACGCUAGUGAGCCAACGGCAACAUGCCGGUUAGGUCAAUUUCAGCCACAAGUUACCUGUGAAAAAUACGAUUCAUGUCCUCCGCCAGCUAAUAUCAAAGAUGGAUAUAUAACCUAUUCAUCAAAACCGGUAUCUGGAUUGUAUUUACCAUAUACUAGUGCAACAUAUAAUUGCAAUGAUGGCUUCAAGCUGAGUAGAAGUGGAGCAAGAUCUCGCAGAUGCAGAGAGGGAAAAUUCAAAGGAACAGCUCCAACAUGCACAGAAACAAUCUGUACCAUCCCAACUGUCCACCACAGCAACAAUGAUGCAAGUAAUGUUAUCUUGAAACAUGGUCAAUCGGUGACUUACACAUGUAAUGACGGUUACUACUCUGAAGAUGUCUUACAACUGACAUGUCGGAAUGAGCGCUUUACUCAUGAUCCUCCUGUAUGCCGAGAAUCACCAUGUCCUGGGAUUUCAUCGGACCGUUUACAAGUAGCUUACGACAACCCAGCCACUACUACAGUAAACGGUUUACAUGUAUAUGAAGCAGGCACCAUAGCAGUGUUCCUAUGUGAUCCAGGCAAUCUCUACUACGCUAGUAAGCCAAAGGCAACAUGCCGGUUAGGUCAAUUUCAGCCACAAGUUACCUGUGAAAAAUCCGCAACCUGUCCUAGUGAGGAAGUCACACAUGCCACGGUAUCAUAUAAGGAUGAAACAGACAAUAAUUACAUUCCUGAGGAUGGACAUGUCCGCCAAGGAGUAACAAGAGCUGUGCAAUGUGCCUACCCAUAUACAAUCAGCGGAAAAUCUAAAAGUGUGUGUACAAAUAGUGGACAAUGGUCAGAAAAUAUACCAUCAUGUGAAAAGCGAGGCUUUACGAUCUUGGCACUUGAUCUGGUAAACCGGACCAACAACUUUCUCUUUACUUAUCCGGUCUUUCGGGCGUACAAGAUGUUGUCUAAGUGUGUUAGUCGGUUUGAAGAACCCUGGUACAUCGUAACUUUGCAUUACUCGACGAAUCUGUUCCGACACACCCUUGAUAUAUGGUAUCUCCACCGGGUGUUUCCUUAG